AUGUUAAAUGAUGGCCAUUCGGUAAGCGAACAUUCAACAGCCAUUGGAACUGCCUGCUGCUGCGGCACAGUUUUGGAGCCGGCAACUUCAUCCGAUGAUUUUCAACAUGUUGGCAACAGCAGUGAGGAUGAUGAUGGUAGAGCAAAAAGGCGUUUAUUAAUUUUUGUUAAUCCGAGAAGUGGUGCUGGACGAAGCAAAAAUAUAUUCAACAAACAAGUGGCUCCGAAACUUGUUGCAAACGAUAUUGGAUAUGAUCUGAUACUUACAGAAAGUGAAAACCAUGCAAAAUCUUACAUUUCUUCAUUGGAAAAUUUUCAUCUUUACAAUGCUCUAGUGGUUGUAUCAGGAGACGGCCUUGUUUUUGAGAUUGUCAACGCUUUAUUGGCACGACCUGAAGUAUGUGAUAUACCGAUAGGCAUUGUACCGACUGGAUCAGGAAAUGGUUUACUUUCAUCAGUUUUUUAUUAUAGUAGAUACUCAUUGAAAAAAAACGAAUUUUUAAAUCGUGCAAUCAAUAAUUUAUGUGAUCCUCAAGCGGUAGCUUACCCUGUAAAUCUGAUGCAUGUAGAAACUCCGACUGAAAGUUAUGCUGCAACAAUCUCUGCUGGAUUUGGACUUUUUGCUGAUAUUGAUAUUGAAAGUGAGCGAUGGCGUAAAACUUUGGCAUCAGCUAGGUUUACGGCAGGAGCACUAGUUCGUUUUUUCAGACAUAUCAUUGUCGGUUGUCAUAUUGCGGAGCUGAGGACAAUUUAUUCAAAACAGCUCUCUCGGAGUAAUGGUGCACCAAAUUCCAAAGAAUUUACACUUGUAAAGGAUACAGAAAGAGGAACUUCUACCUUAUCAGAAAAUUUAAGACGGCAUCAUUUCCGGAAGGGAAUUCCGAAAAUUACUGAACCGAUACCAGCAGAUUGGACAGUUAUAGAGGAUGAUUUCCUGUUUGUAUAUGCCCUAACAGUUUCACAUGCCGGACAAGAUGUACCAUACACACCAAAUGCGCAACUAUUUGACAGAAAUAUCUAUCUAACGUAUGCACUAAGAAAAGACCUCCAUAAACGGCUAGACUUGUUGAAAUUUCUCUCAGAUAUCAAGCAUGCUAAACAUCUCAAUUAUUCAUUUUUGAGGAUUGUACCAGUAAAGUCCUUUAGAAUUGAAAAGCUAGAAAUCCCAAAAGCAGGUGGUUAUGUAACCGUUGAUGGCGAAGUAAUUAACUGUGAUAUAUUGCAAGCAACAAAUACUUACAAGACUAUUCCAGUUGUUACUGCUUAA